AAGCCAACAAACUACGGAACCUCAACUAACUUAUCAAAAGUAAAGAGCUACCAGUCUUGCUUUCUCAACCACCAUUGAUAAAUCACCGAUAAGAUUGAACACAAAUUGACCAUAUCAUUUAAUUAUAAAACUAUAUUAAAUCCCAGUUACCUCCCACUAUUAAUAAUAAACCCUGCUGUGUCUGCUGAUGCUGAGCUUGACUUGUUGAAUGCCGAAGAGUGAGGCCUGUUGUUUGCAGAAAAAAAAAAAAAUGGGAGACUCGAAACUUGCCACAACAUCAAAUCAUGCUACAGAAGAAACUAACAGAGAAGAGCAGAAAAGUCAGGACUGUAACAAGAUGGAGUUCUCCGAAGAUGAAGAGCUGCUCAUUGCCAGGAUGUUUAACCUAGUUGGAGAAAGGUGGGCUUUGAUUGCUGGGAGAAUUCCGGGAAGAACGGCAGAAGAGAUUGAGAAGUAUUGGACUGUAAGACAUAAAUCAUCAUGAAGAUGAAGAUGAAGAUGAGAGGCAUGCAUGUAGAUGUAGUUAGUGUGAUUGUUUUGAUAAUUUCAAUAAUAAUCCAAAGUUUGGUCAUGGAGCUUUGUGAUCGACUUGUUAUUGUAUAUAAUUGUUCAUUAAGAUCAUUGCCUAUCAAUCUAAGGAUGUCUUCAAACUUUCA